CGCACCGGAGAGAGUGAACAACCCGUCUGAUUUCACUGAUCACUGGAGCACAGACCUAAUAGUGGACAAUUUUUAAAAAACAUUUUAACCAUGAAGUGCGGAAUUAUACACUUUUUAAUAACUUUUCCUCUCAUCAGUGGAUCACCUUUCCAACAAAGCGUGUUUCAGGGCAACGCGUACUCUGCCUCCGAAACACGACAGAGAAAUAAAAACUGGUGCGCCUACGUUGUGCACAAGAACGUGAGCUGUGCCGUCGUGGGAGGCACGGAGAGUUUCGUGCAGCCGGAGGUUUUGCCGUGUCCACCGGAGCUGCCCAACUGUGCGCAACAAGUGAUAUAUCAGACACACUUUCGGCCCACGUAUAAGAUUGCAUACAAGACUGUAACAGAGCUGGAGUGGAGGUGCUGCCCAGCGUACCAUGGCUACGACUGUCUGGAGGUGAAAGACAUUAAGCUGCUAGAGCGUUUUCCUCAUGCUCCCUCUGCCUCUGGACCUAUUCCUGUCCCAAAAGCUCCAGAACAGCGGACAGAGAACAAGAGAAGCCAUCCAUGGGAAGGAGAUGGACAAUUUGGAGGUCAGACAGGUCACAGGCCACUGGCGGGUCAUGGAAGAUCUCAAAGUGCACAACACCUGGAGGAGGAGGUGCAGCGGCUAUCUGAGAUAGUCCUCGACAUGCAGGCGAGAAUGACAGACAUGUCCUCCAAUCUGAGGCUGGAUUUCCAAGAGGAUGCUAGUAAAAUGCUGCACACCCUGCUGAAUAACUACAGACAGCCUGCCAGUGCGAGAGGUGGAGAGACCCACACUGUUCAGGUGCAGGACUUCUCUUUAGUGCAUGAGACUACGCAGAUGGACGAGGUCAUGAACAAAAUUAGCCAGGUCACAGAUGAGCUGGAGUCCAAGAGCAACACCCUGGAUGACCUGCUGGGUCGUGUCAACCAUCAUGAUGGACAGAUUCACCUGUUAAUGGAGGCAGCCCACAACCAACUGUCCUCGCCCCCUCCUGCUCCCCCAGCCAGUCAAUCAGACCUGCGCGCCUACCUGGACGAGAAGAUUCGCAUUCUUAGAGAAGAGUUAAUGCAAGGCAUGGACAUCAAAAUGGCAGACUUGAAGAACUCAUGCGAUUAUAAAAUCACAUCAGUUCUGGAGCAGUGUGAGGGUCAACAAGACAACUACCUCAGCCUGGCUGAGCUUAUGGACACAAAGGAAAGUGACCUCCGAAAAGAGAUCCAGGACCUUAGGAACAAGCUGGUUGAUCCUGGAAAGGAACAUACUCAUCUUGUGGAGAACCUUGAGAAAUGUCUGAACUCAUCUGAGAAGACUGGAGUGGCCCAAUGUCUCUAUUUGGAGGGGAAGCUGAAGAAAGAACAAGCAGAGGUCAUGAAAGACUUGAGAAAGACUGUGGAGGACAAGCUGGCCUCCAUGGACAAAAAACUCAGCACCCUUUUGGUAGAUAUAAGCACCAACUCCUCAUCUGGUGAUGGUGCUGUAGAAAACACUCAACAGGACCUCCAGUGCUGCAGAACCGCUGUAGAUGCUAUGGAGGUCCGUCUAAAAGCCCAGAUCAAUGACCUUGCAGACAUAAAGGGGCAACUCCUCAACUACAGCACCAGCAUUGAGGACACACAUGGCGAGUUAAGCUAUCUGAAAGGGCGUAUGGGCAAGUUGGAGGAUUCACUAUCAGAUGUAGCCCACCAGCAGUCUCAGGUGUCUGGGAAUCUCAACACCACCAGUGGUCAAGUUAAAACAGGGGCUGAGCAGGAGGCCAAGGAGCUCCUGGAGCUCCACAGAACUCAGCAUCAGGAGCUGAGAAACCGUCUGGAUGAGCUGGGCAGGGAGGUGAAAACUGAGGUCGCCCGCUGCAGAGAACAGACAGAAGAUGUCGGGAAGGAGAUUGCACACAUGGACAGCCGUGUUGUUAAUGUGGAGAGUUUAUGCGGCAAACUGGAUCCUGUCUCCGAUAACCUCCAGAGGAUCAAAGAAGGUCUGGAUAAACAUGUCACAGAGUUGUGGACUUGUGUCAACCAGCUUAAUGAUACUGUUCGAGCUCAUGCCCGAGAUAUUGGAGGUCUGAGGGGAACCUGUCAGAACCUUCAGAACCACAUCUCUAAUGUGGCCAGAGACCUCCAGGUGUUAACCAACAGCAAUCUUGGAAAGACAGGCGUUGUGGUUGCUGUGGAGAAUGCAGGACUUCCUCAGAGUUCAACCAAGAUCCUCACAGUGCCGGUCGGACCCCCGGACGCCAGAAAGCCAUCUGUGAUGGAGACCGGAGAGGCAGGACCUCCGGGCAAGAUGAUCCCGUCCAAGUUGCCAAAGGGGACGGACGGCAGCAUGAUGCCCGUUCAGGGUUUUGCUGGAGCACCAGCCUCACCAUCUAAAUCCACUGACUCACUAAAGCUCAGCACACCGCUCAUCACAGAUGUGAACAUACCCCUCAGACCACCACCACAGAAACCUGCUGCAGCGUCAGGUGGUCAGGUGUCGUUCUCAGCUGGUCUGACUCUGCCACCGUUCCAGGGAGAGACUGGAGUCAUUCAGUUCAACGAGGUGCUGGUUAAUGAUGGAGGACACUAUGACGCUCACACAGGCAUCUUCACAGCUCCCACAGACGGACGUUACCUGGUGACCGCCGUGCUUACGGCCCAGCGUGGCGAGAGGGUCGAGGCCAUCCUGUCCGUGUCCAAUCGCAGCAUCCAGAAGUUGGACACAACAGGCUUCUUGUCAGGAGCAGCAGCGGCGCCGCUGUCUCCUGUCCAGUGUAACUGCAGCAGUUCAGCCUCAGUGAGUCUCGUUCUGUCUCUGAGGAGAGGAGACCGAGCGGGACUGGUCAUGACUGCUGGAAAACUCGCCGUCUCAGCCUCCUCUGAGAUCCUGUCAUCGUUCAGCGCUGUGCUUCUUUACUCCAGCCCAUCAAAACGGUAACCCUGCUCUUUUUA